CCUGCCUCUGUAGCGCCGAGGGUGUGAGUGGGUUCGCAACGUGAAGCGCGCGUCGGCGUGGCGGUAGAGUUCUCUCCGGGAGGCAGACUAUGGCGGGUCCGCUGACUGUGCCCCGGCUGCCUCCACACGACCCGGGGACGCCGGCGCUGUCGGUGGUGGACAUGCACACAGGCGGCGAGCCCCUGCGCGUUGUGCUGGCGGGGUGUCCGGAGGUGGUCGGCCCCACACUGCUGGCCAAGCGGCGCUACAUGCGCCAGCACCUUGACCAUGUGCGGCGACGGCUCAUGUUCGAACCCCGGGGGCACCGGGACAUGUACGGAGCCGUGCUGGUGCCGAGCGAGCUGCCCGACGCGCACCUGGGGGUCCUGUUCCUAAACAACGAGGGCUACAGCUCUAUGUGCGGCCACGCGGUGCUGGCGCUGGGCCGCUUCGCGCUCGACUUUGGGCUGGUGCCGGCGCCCCCGGCCGACGCCCGAGAGGCCCUGGUCAACAUCCAUUGCCCGUGCGGGCUGGUGGCCGCCUUCGUGGAGUGCGAGGGCGGCCGCAGUCGCGGCCCGGUGCGUUUCCACAGUGUCCCGGCCUUUGUGCUGGCCACAGAUUUCCUGGUGGAUGUUCCUGGUCAUGGAAAGGUGGUGGUGGACGUUGCAUACGGUGGUGCAUUUUAUGCAUUUGUUAGUGCUGAAAAGUUAGGACUCGAUGUUUGUUCUGCAAAGACAAGGGACCUCGUGGCUGCGGCAAGUGCAGUGACAGAAGCAGUGAAGGCUCAGUUUAAAAUUAAUCAUCCUGACAGCGAAGAUCUUGCUUUUCUAUAUGGAACUAUAUUGACAGAUGGAAAAGAUACUUACAAUGAGGAACCAACCACCAAUAUUUGUGUGUUUGCAGAUGAACAGGUUGACAGAAGUCCUACCGGCUCAGGAGUGACAGCUCGAAUUGCCCUUCAGUAUCACAAAGGGCUUCUAGAACUGAACCAGACCAGAGCCUUUAAAAGCAGCGCAACUGGCUCAGUAUUCACAGGGAAGGCUGUGAGGGAAGCAAAAUGUGGUGAUUUUAAAGCUGUCAUAGUGGAAGUAUCCGGACGAGCGCAUUACACAGGUACCGCAAGUUUUAUAGUAGAAGAUGACGACCCACUGAGGGAUGGAUUUCUUCUCAAGUAACUUCUAUGGCUUAUAAGGGCUUUCUUUUCCUACAAAUUGUUAUCAUUCGUUAUUUUUCUCUGAAUUAUGUGGAAAACUAUAUCCAAAUUGUACACGUAAAUCAACUGAGAUUCUAACAUACUGUGGCUAAAUAUAAAGUCAUUAUUCCUCA